UUUAUAUGUAAUUUAAUAAUAUUAGUAAAGUAGAGAUAAUAAUAAUAAGUAAAAAAAUAAUGAAAUUAAUAGAAUUUUUAAAAGAUUUAGACAUUUUUUCUGAGACUGUUUAAUUCAAUGCGAUUAGAUAGAGACUGAGAAAUAGGACAUUAGAGGGAGCAUUAUUAACAAUAUCAAUAUUUGUUUUAACUUUCGCUUAUUUUGUUUAUCAAUCUUUUAGAUAUUUUGAUGGGUAAAUGGAUCCUAAAUUUAGGUCAUAAACAUUUGUAUCAAAUGAUAUUAGCUUCCAAUUAAAUAAUGAAAUGUUUGGUUUUGAUUUUUUUUCUGUUUAUACAGGUUAAUUUCUAAAUUAAAGAGAGACAGAGUAAAAUAAAACUUACAUAGUAUAUGUAGGAAGAUAUGUGAUUACAAAUGGUGCUAAUAAUUAAAUUAUUUAAUUAGAUGUAAUCAAUUGCAAAAGCCCAGAAUUGAAAGGAAUGAAAUGUUUUGAUUUUAGUAAAAUAUCUAAUCCAAGUUUAGUAUUAACUAAUCAUGAUUAAACAUUUUCUUAUUUAAAUUUAUUUAUCUACAAAUGCAAUGAUAUUGAUCAGUAUAAAUAAUUUGUCCCAGAUAACUGUGCUGAGGAAUAAUUAAUAGACAACUUUCUUACUUAUGAGCCAUACAAUUUAGCUAUAAAAACAUAAAUUUCAUAAUAUAACACAACUUCAUAGCAAGUAGAAUAUCAGUAUAAAAGCUAGACAAUUAUAAAUUCACCCACUACGGUAUUGAAUAAUGAGUUAAAAAUAUAAAAUUAAGUCACUAAAGUUUGGAAAGGACUUGUAGUUUAAUCUGAAUCAACUUUUUCUAGUCCUUUCUCAUAAACAAUGAACAGCUAAUCAUUUGACCGCAAGUAAAUUUAAUAAACGAUUGGUUAUUAGUUUUUGACUUAAGUUACAUUUAAUGUUGAUGAGUAAGUAACUUAUUUCACAAUAUAAUAUCCCGUUUUUGCAGAAGUUCUAGCCCUUUGCAACAGUGUUUUAGCUCUAUUAUUGGUAACAGGUACAUUUUGCAGAAAAAUAGCCCAAAAUCUUAUUAGGCGAAAUAUUUUUUUUAUUCUAAUGAAGGAAUUCUUUUCAGGAACGUAUUUAAAUAUCUUAUAACAUAACAAGAUUAUAACUCUUCACAACUAAACUGAAGAAAUGAAAAAUAUUAAUGAAGAGUAGACUUAAGAAAAUUAAUUGAAAAGUGAUGAUGAAAACAAAAAAAAUAUCAUACUUCCAUUGUCUAUUACGAAGCCUGGUAAAGCAGUCAAUCUAAAAAAGUAGGCAAAUUAUGCAAAAAAUGUAAAAUAAGAUCAUAAUAAAGAAGACUCUGGAUCAAUAGCUAAAUAAGCAGAUGAAUUUUUAGAAUCUUUAAGAACUAAUGAAGACAAAAUAAUCAAGAAAGAAAUAAACUUAGACAAGGAUACCAUCUUUUAGGCUCCACCAAAUUAAACAAAAUUAUAUGAAAAUCAUAUUGAUAAUGAAAACGAAAAAGAAUAAGUCCCAAGUGUAUUUAGUAGCAAAUCAUAACAAAAACAAUUCUAACUCUAAGUAAAAGAUAUCAAUUAUGAGCUCAUAAAAGGUAUUUCUAAUACUCCUAAAUGCAAAAAUGUGUUAAAUUAAGCUGAUUAAUUGAAUUAUAAUCAAGUUUAAGAAUAUGAAAAAAAUAUAAACAAAAACAAUAGUUAGCAAAUAAACAAAAGUUUUUAAAGUUUGAAUGAUAAAUCUUUUCAGUAAAAACUUCAAAACCUGCUCUUCAAAACUAAGUUAUUUAAAAGAAAAGAAUUUUUAGAAUCUAAAGGACUGAAGUAAAAAAUAAUUAGCGAAUUUGACUAGUAAAUUGAUGAUAGUUUAGACUUCUAUACUUUUUAUAAAGAAAUUUUGUUACUAAAGAAAGCAAUAAUGAUUUUGUUAAAUAAAGAGUAAUAUGCAGCUUUACAGGUUAUAGGAAUUGAUAUAGAAAAAUUAAAUCAAAAUUUUGAAAAAAACAUAAUGGUUAAUUAGAAAGAAGAAAAUAAUGCAAACCACUUCAAAGAUUAAUAUGAAAUAUAGCAAUCAAAAAAGCUGCAAUCAUAUUAUAUUAAUAACUUUUUGAAAAGAUGCCAAGAGAAUAGAUAAAAUUUAGAUGUUAUUGAUUAGAGAAUAUUAUCUUCAUUAUUAAUAAAUUAGUAAAAUUGAAAGAAAGAAAUAAUCUUAUAAAAUAAAUGAAAAAAUUUAUCAUAAAAUUUUUGUAUUCAAUUAUAUAUAA